AUGAAGUCCUUCCUUGCCAUUCUUCUUCCUCUCGCCUCGCUGGCUCUGGCCCAGGAGCUGCCUGUCUGCGACGGCGGAGCUUUGAAAUGCUGCGCGGGGGUUACACCCUACUCGGUUCUGCCGAACGAAAUCCUCGCCGAUUAUGGCGUUGACAGCGAGGACGAGGGUAACAUCUGUGGCAACGGCACCCCUAUCGACGAUGAGUUUGAUUUCGAUAUCUGCGAUGCUGCGGAGGACACGGUCCAGUGCUGCUUGCCAUUUGUUCCAGUGGGAGAGCUGGCCGAGGAUUUGACAUUCAACUGCCACGAUAUUUAG